AAGAGUCCAAGACCUGCUGUUCUCUCUUCUAUAAAGCCCGCCCGAACUAUCCUCGGCAUCUGCAACACCUUAACUACAAUUCCACAUCUCCAAGAUGCGUUUCUCUUUCAUCAUCGCCACCCUCCUCGCUAGCGUUGCCGUCGCUAUGCCCGAUCCUCUCCCACAAGGCUACUCUGGCCCCUGCUCAAAGGACAACUGCGGUGUUAGCGGCCAGGUGUGUUCAGGCGGCGCAAUCUGUGUGGGGUGGCCAAGCACCGAUCCCGCAAAGAGGAAGGGAUGCACCUGCAGCCGGGGUUAAGCAUUUGGUGCUAGAUUUUUUUGCAUUGGCAGGCGUGUGUG